AUGUGGUGGUGCUGUUCUUCUUCCGCUAGUUCAGGACCGAUGGCUGCGAUACGCAAAAAGUUAGUGAUUGUUGGUGAUGGUGCGUGCGGUAAAACAUGCCUCUUGAUCGUGUUCAGCAAGGAUCAGUUCCCGGAAGUGUAUGUGCCGACAGUAUUUGAGAAUUACGUCGCCGACAUCGAAGUGGAUGGCAAACAAGUGGAACUUGCAUUGUGGGACACAGCGGGUCAGGAAGAUUACGACCGAUUGCGCCCCUUGUCAUAUCCAGAUACCGAUGUGAUUUUGAUGUGCUUCUCGGUGGACUCUCCAGAUUCACUUGAGAACAUCCCGGAGAAGUGGACGCCUGAAGUAAAGCACUUUUGCCCUAAUGUGCCUAUAAUCCUGGUGGGAAACAAAAAGGAUCUACGCAAUGAUCCGGCCACUAUUAAUGAGCUACGUAAGAUGAAACAAGAGCCGGUAAAGCCACAAGAAGGUCGGGCCAUGGCCGAAAAAAUUAAUGCGUUUGCAUAUCUUGAGUGUUCUGCCAAAAGCAAGGAAGGUGUUCGUGAGGUAUUUGAGACGGCGACCCGUGCUGCGUUACAAGUCAAGAAGAAGAAGAAGACCAGGUGUUCUCUGCUGUAA